GUGAGAGGAGGAGUUUGUUUGUUGACAUCGGGGACGAAAAAACGACAACCAGAUGAAUCAAAACGGGCCGUAACGCUUCGUUUUCCAGCUCGUUUCCAGCGACCAGGUUCCGUCUCUGCUCGUCCUACAGCCGGACCGGGGAGGAAGUGGCCAGGACGUGGCCAGGAAGUGGAGGUCGCCAUGGCAACCAGAGCGGGGGACGACCCCGACUCCCUGAUGGAUCUGGCCACGAACUUCUGCCUGAGAAACCUCCGCAAAACCAUGUGUUACCAGGGAAACCGAAACAAGCUGCGCCUGCGCUCCGACGUCUUCCUGCCCAGCGAGAUCUGCGACAAGCUCGUCAACACAUAUGUGGAGCUGGUUCACACGGACAGUAACUUUGACGUAGAGGAAAGUUUCUUCCAGCUGUUCUCGGACCCUCGGAACACCAGACUGACCCGAGUUCAGCUGAGAGAAGGUUUCGUUUGGGACCGAGAUCUGGACGCCAUAAGAAAACAGGACCUGAUGGAGCUGCACCUCACCUACUGCCACCGACUCUCGUCUCGCAGCUUAAAAACACUAACUUGCUUCCGCGAGACGUUGGUGUCUCUUUGCCUGUUCGGCUGCAGCCAGAUCUUCUACCGGAAGAACGGCGGCGCGCCGCUCGCCUGUAACGAAGACACAGACGACGACGACGAUGACGAAGAAGAAGAAAAGAGCCCGGCGUCGUCCCGGCAGGCGUUGGAAACGGACUUUAGCUUCCAGGGAUUCAACCGGCUGCGGUUGCUGAACCUGGGAGGUUUACCGGACGAGGUGGACGCCGAGUCGCUGCUCAGACCGCUCACGUCCAUCACCUCGCUAGAUCUGUCCAACGUGCACUUGCCCAGCACGGCGUUUCUCACGCAGUGGAAAGAAAGACUGGCCUCGCUCGUUCUCUACAACGUGGACCUGACGGAGGAAACGCUGGAAACGCUGGUGGAGCUGACCAAUCUACGGCAUCUGGACAUUUCCCGCGAGAGCAUGAGGACGACCAAGUUCAAGAUGAACAGGAAGAUCCUGACGGCCGUCGUGCAGCGUCUCGUCAACCUGGUGUCGCUGGACAUUUCAGGACACGUCAUGCUGGACAACUGCACCGUCCCGCACUUCGAGGAGGCCAUGGGCCGCCCCAGCAUGGAACCCUGCAAGAGCAGCAUCUUCCCGCUGCAGGAGCUGAGUCGGCCGCUGCAGUUCCUGGGCUUGUACGACACCACGUUGUGUAACGUGACGCACAUCCCUGCGUACAAGGUAACCGGGUCUAAGAACGAGGAGCAGGUUCUGAACGCCAUCGAGGCCUACACGGAGUUCAGACCCGAGUUGGCCCACCGGGCCAUCAAUCAGCUGUUCGACAUCGCCCGGAUACAACACUGUAACCAGCUGCUGCGAGCAUUAAAGCUGGUAAUCGCGGCUCUGAAGUGCCAUAAAUGUGACAAAAGCAUCCAGGUGACGGGCAGCGCAGCGCUCUUCUACCUGACCAACACGGAGUAUCGCGGCGACCAGAGCGUCCGGUUACGCCGAGACGUGAUCCAGGUGGUUCUGAACGGGAUGGAGCAUUACCAGGAGGUCACGGUCCAGAGGAACUGCUGCCUGACUCUGUGUAACUUCAGCAUCCCUGAAGAGCUGGAGUUCCAGUACCGGCGGGUGAACCGGCUGCUGCUCAAGAUCCUGGAACCGGCCCGGCAGGACGAAUCCAUCCAGAGAAUCGCCGUUCAUCUCUGCAACGCGCUCGUCUGCCAGGUGGACAACCAGCACAAGGAGGCCGUGGGGAAGAUGGGCUUCGUCAAGACGAUGCUGAAUCUAAUCCAGAAGAAGCUCCAGGAUGGAAUGUGUGAUCAGGUGAUGGAGUUUUCCUGGAGUGCUCUGUGGAACAUCACGGACGAGACGCCCGACAACUGUCAGAUGUUUCUCAACUGUCGGGGGAUGAGCCUGUUCCUGGAGUGUUUACAGGAGUUCCCGGAUAAGCAGGAGCUUCACCGGAACAUGCUGGGACUUCUGGGAAACGUGGCCGAGGUCAAAGCUCUGCGGCCGCAGCUGCUGACGCCGCAGUUCAUCACCGUGUUCAGCGAGCUGCUGGCCAGUAAAGCCGACGGCAUCGAGGUUUCCUACAACGCCUGCGGCGUCCUCUCCCACAUCAUGUUUGACGGGCCGGAGGUUUGGACGAUGGAGGAAUCGAGAAGAGACGCCGUCAUGGAGCAGAUGAUGGAGGCGGUUCAGAGCUGGGACGUUAGCUCCCGCCGCAACAUCAACUACAGGUCGUUUGAGCCGAUCCUGCGUCUCCUCCCCCAGAGCAUCGCCCCCGUCAGUCAGCACUGGGCCACCUGGGCCCUCUACAACCUGGUGUCCGUUUACCCCAGUAAAUAUUGUCCCCUGCUGAUCAAGGAAGGAGGAAUUAAUCUGCUGGAGAAAGUUCUGGAGCUGGAGAGUUCCCACGCCGAGACCAAGACCAUGGCCAGGAAGGUAAUGGAGCAGUGUGAGACGUUCAAGGACGACCCGAUGGAGACGAACAACGGCCAGGAGGGAAACUACGGCCAGAGAGGAUGACGACGUUUCCACGGCAACCGUCGUCUCCACUUAUAAACCAACAUCCUGCUAAAAUCACCACCAGUAGUUCAGCAGAUUAGAGAAACGAUGCUUCACUUUGGUAAAGAAGCAGAACAUUUGGCACAGAUUCUCUCCAAGGUUUAGGAAAAAGGCGCCAAAAAAUUCCAAGAUGGCGGCCCCUAAAAUCUAAGAUGUCCGCCCGAAAACGUGCUUUUUCCUUUAUAACUCGAAAUGCCU